AUGGGCUAUGGAUUAGAAAAGUAAGUUGUACUACAUGAUUGAAAUUGUUUAGGACUGUAGCUAGUAGCAGUUAGGUUCAAAGGUGUGAUGGUUUAAUAAUGGUUUACUAGCCUACCCUUGACUCAGCCUAAAUAGCAGCAGACUUUAAAAAAGCAAAUUCAGGCUAUACUGUAGUAUGGUGGUUCUAGAACUAGGCUGUACUGUAGUAGUGUGGUGGUUCUAGAACUAGGCUGUACUGUAGUAGUAUGGUGGUUCUAGAACUAGGCUGUACUGUAGUAGUGUGGUGGUUCUAGAACUAGGCUGUACUGUAGUAGUAUGGUGGUUCUAGAACUAGGCUGUACUGGUAGUAGUGUGGCGGUUUAGAACCAGGAUGUACUGUAGUAGUGUGGCGGUUCUAGAAACCAGGAUUGUACUGGUAGUAGUGUGGUGGGUUCUAGAACUAGGCUGUACUGUAGUAGUAUGGUGGUUCUAGAACUAGGCUGUACUGUAGUAGUAUGGUGGUUCUAGAACUAGGCUGUACUGUAGUAGUGUGGUGGUUCUAGAAACUAGGCUGUACUGUAGUAGUGUGGUGGUCUAGAACUAGGCUGUACUGUAGUAGUAUGGUGGUUCUAGAACUAGGCUGUACUGUGUAGUGUUGGGCGGUUCUAGAACCAGGAUGUACUGUUAGUAGUGUGGUGGUUCUAGAACUAGGCUGUACUGUAGUAGUGUGGUGGUUCUAGAACUAGGUUGUACUGUAGUAGUGUGGUGGUUCUAGAACUAGGCUGUACUGUAGUAGUGUGGUGGUUCUAGAACUAGGCUGUACUGUAGUAGUGUGGUGGUUCUAGAACUAGGCUGUACUGUAGUAGUGUGGUGGUUCUAGAACCAGGCUGUAUUGUAGUAGUGUGGUGGUUCUAGAACUAGGCUGUACUGUAGUAGUGUGGUGGUUCUAGAACUAGGCUGUACUGUAGUAGUAUGGUGGUUCUAGAACUAGGCUGUACUGUAGUAGUGUGGUGGUUCUAGAACUAGGCUGUACUGUAGUAGUGUGGUGGUUCUAGAACCAGGCUGUACUGUAGUAGUGUGGUGGUUCUAGAACUAGGCUGUACUGUAGUAGUGUGGUGGUUCUAGAACUAGGCUGUACUGUAGUAGUGUGGUGGUUCUAGAACUAGGGAUGUAAAGUGCAAGCAUUGAUCAGAUCUAGUCAAUAGUCGUACAUUACCGGCCAAUGCCUCACAAGAUGUGCUGCAGCCUGGUUAUGAUUCUAUUGAUCUCUACUACACUGAAAUGCUUAGCCUAUGGAAAACCAUACAGAGAAAUGCUUAGCCUAUAGGAAACCAUACAGAGAAAUGCUUAGCCUAUAGGAAACCAUACAGAGAAAUGCUUAGCCUAUAGGAAACCAUACAGAGAAAUGCUUAGCCUAUAGGAAACCAUACAGAGAAAUGCUUAGCCUAUGGAAAACCAUACAGAGAAAUGCUUAGCCUAUGGAAAACCAUACAGAGAAAUGCUUAGCCUAUAGGAAACCAUACAGAGAAAUGCUUAGCCUAUAGGAAACCAUACAGCGGGGGAAGUGCAUUUGUUAUUGCUCUUAAAUCAUAGCAGAAUGAUUGAGAGCAUCAGCUGCUGCUUUCAAGGUGACUGCUAUUGCUGCUGUUCUCCCCUGUUCUCCUUCCUCCUCACUCUCUCCCGUUCUCUUCCCUCUCUCCCUCUCCCCCGUUCUCACUCUCUCCCUCCUCCUCACUCUCUCCCUCUACCCCGUUCUCUUUCCUCUCGUCUCUUUCCCUCUCCCUCCUCCUCUCCCUCUCCCCCGUUCUUUCCUCUCUCCCUCCUCCUCCUCACUCUCUCCCUCUCCCCCGUUCUUUCCUCUCUCUCUCCCUCCUCCUCACUCUCCCCGUUCUCUUUCCUCUCUCGCCUCCUCCGUCACCCUCUCUCCCUCUCCACCCCAUUUCUUUCCUCUCUCCCAUCCUCCUCCUCACUCUCUCCCCUCUCCCCUUCUUUUCCUCUCUCCCUCCUCCUCCUCCCUCUCUCCCCGUUAUCUUGUUUCCUCUCUCCCUCCUCGCUCAUCUCUCCUCAUGCCUUCUCUCCCCUUCACGUCUCACUUUAUUUUCUCUCAGCUCCCUCCUCCCCUCAUCUCUCUCCUCCCUCCCUCAGGAUGUCUCAUUACACAGACGAGCCUCGCUUCACCAUCGAGCAGAUCGACCUGCUCCAGAGGCUGCGGCGUACGGGCAUGACCAAGCAGGAGAUCCUCCACGCCAUGGAGACCCUAGACCGGCUGGACCGCGAGCACGGGGACAAGUUUGGCCAUCGCACCUCCUAUGGGGGAGGAGCAAGCAGCUCUGUGUCAGACCCCAAUUGCACCACCACCAACAACAACAACACUGCCUCUCUCUCUGCCGCCACCACCUCCUCUACAUCAUCCUCUUCCUGUGUUAUUAAUAAUAAUGCCACCAGUGGUAGUGGGAGCAGCAAUGUUACCAACACCGCCCUGGCCUCUUCCUCCACCAACUCUACCGUGACACACACCCAGUAUCUCUCACCACGCGGGGGGCUGUCCCCGUCCCCUAGCAACAGCUACGACACCUCCCCACCGCCCGGCCCGCCCUCCGCCAUCCUGCCCUCCGCAGUGUCGCUGGUCAACAUGGCGCAGAAUGGGGGGCGGGACAGCCUGGUGGCGACGCCCAAUGGGAAACUCUCACCGCCGCGAUACCCUGUGAACAGCGCAGCGGCCGCCAGGGCGUUUGGGUUCGAGGCCACGGAGGAGGAGCUGGACAUCGAUGACAAGGUGGAGGAGCUCAUGAGGUCAGUGAUGAUGGGGUCAAGGCGGGGUCAAAGUCACACACCAGCUUAUAGAGAUCUAGCCUGAAAUCCAGAACCCUUUUUUGUGCUAACUUUCCACUCCUUGUACUCCGUGUCAUGCCAAACAUAGGAGUGGCAAGGAUUUGGCAUGAUAUGGAGUACAAGGAGUGAAAUGAAAGAUUAACAGAAUGGUACCCAGGCUAACAGGGAUCCUAUUCAAUAUGUAAUUGUAUACAGCAGUCCACCACCAUCAGGACUAUAUCAAAUCACACCUAAAAAAGCUUGACAACAUUUAGGCUACCACUUUCACGAUUAAGGCUGUCUUGCUGAUCUGAUACAACACAGCCUCGUUUGACCAUCCUGAUCCUGAGCUUAAUGAACCGAUUGAGAGCCCAGCGGUCAGGCUAACAACCACAUGGCAAAUUUGACAAAAACUGAAAGAACUGUGCAGAUACAAAGAAUUACAGUAAAAUCUCUCUCAGGUUGCGAGAGACAGAGACCGAGAGAGAGAUUCAACUACACAUACUGUACAUUUGUUUCAUCACAAAACCGGAGCGCAACAUCUGUCUGAAGUCCACAAAGCAAAUAUUCCAUGUAACAAUCAGUUACAUGACCUGCAGCAUGGUCAAGCAACUUAACGUUUCACAGUUCACUAAUUAGAACCACGGCGUUACCGCAAGUCAUCACAAAGACAACAGGAUCACUGCCUCUGCUAUUCCAGCACCAUUUCAACUUCAACAUUUAAACAUCAUCAAAUCUAAAAGGCUAUGGCUGCAUCAUGGUAUGGGUAUGCUUGUAAUCGUUAAGGACUGGGGGACUUUUCAGGAUAAAAAAGGAAAUUAAUUGAGCGAAGCACAGGCAAAAUCCUAGAGGAAAACCUGGUUCAGUCUGCUUCCCACCAGACACAGGGAAAUUAAUUCACCUUUCAGCAGGACAAUAACCUAAAACACAAGGCCAAAUCUACACUGGAGUUGCUUACCAAGAAUUGAGUGAAUGUUCCCGAGUGGCCGAGUUACCGUUUUGACUUAAAUCGCCUUGAACAUCCAUGGCAAGACCUGAAAAUGGAGCUUGAAGAAUUUUGAAAAGAUUAAUGAGCAAAUAUUGUACAAUCCAGGUGUGGAAAGCUCUUAGAGACUUACCCAGAAAGACUCACAGCUAUAAUUGCUCCAAAGUUGCUUCUGCAAAGUAUUCACUCGGGUGGGAAUACUUAUGUAAGUGUGAGAAUUCUGUAUUUCAUUUUCAAUAAAUGUGCAAACAUUUCUAAAAACAUGUUUUGACUUUGUCAUUAUGGGGUAUUGUGUGUAGAUGGGUGAGAUUUAAAAAAAUAUUUUAAAUUCAGGAUGUAAAACAGCAAAAUGUGGAAUAAUCCAAGGGGUAUGAAUACUGAAGGCACUGUAUGUGAUAGUGGAAACACAGGUCCAUAUUUUACACAGCAAACUAAUGUUGUCUGUGGCCCAGUUGGUAGAGCAUGGCACUUGCAACGCCAAGAUUGUGGGUUUGAUUCCCGCUGGGACCAACCAUUUGAAAAUGUAUAUACUUAAGACUAAGUUGCUGUGGACUUUAAAAGGGUCUGUUAAAUCGCAUAUGUUGUUUAUUAUUUUAUAUACAGGUAAAAGUCAGUAAAUUAGAAUAUUUUGAAAAACUUGAUUUAUUUCAGUAAUUGCAUUCAAAAGGUGUAACUUGUACAUUAUAUUUAUUCAUUGCACACAGACUGAUGCAUUCAAAUGUUUAUUUCAUUUAAUUUUGAUGAUUUGAAGUGGCAACAAAUGAAAAUCCAAAAUUCCGUGUGUCACAAAAUUAGAAUAUUACUUAAGGCUAAUACAAAAAAGGGAUUUUUUAGAAAUGUUGGCCAACUGAAAAGUAUGAAAAUGAAAAAUAUGAGCAUGUACAAUACUCAAUACUUGGUUUUAGAACAGAAAUACCAUGGUCCGUAAACCAGGCACGGGUAGAUUUUGCGCUGUGUGCAGGCGCCAAGUCCUGUUGGAACCUGAAAUCUCCAUCUCCAUAGAGCAGGUCAGCAGCAGGAAGCAUGAAGUGCUCUAAAACUUGCUGGUAGACGGCUGCGUUGACCCUUGAUCUCAGGAAACAGAGUGGACCGACACCAGCAGAUGACAUGGCACCCCAAACCAUCACUGAUGGUGGAAACUUUACACUAGACUUCAGGCAACGUGGAUCCUGUGCCUCUCCUGUCUUCCUCCAGACUCUGGGACCUCGAUUUCCAAAGGAAAUGCAAAAUUUGCUUUCGUCAGAAAACAUGACUUUAGACCACUCAGCAGCAGUCCAGCUCUUUUUUUCCUUAGCCCAGGUGAGACGCUUUUCGCGCUGUUUCUUGGUCAACAGUGGCUUGACACGAGGUAUGCGGCAGUUGAAACCCAUGUCUUUCAAGCGUCUCUUGGUGGUGGAUCUUGAAGCCCUGACUCCAGCAGCUGUCCACUCCUUGUGAAUCUCCCCCACAUUUUUGAAUGGGUUUUUUUUUCACAAUCUUGACUAGGGCGCGGUGAUCCCUAUCGCUUGUACACUUUUUCUGACCACAGUUUUUCCUUCCCUUUGCCUCUCUAUUAAUGUGUUUGGACACAGAGCUCUGAGAACAGCCAGCCUCUUCUGCAAUAACCUUUUGUGUCUUUCCCUCCUUGUGCAAUGUGUCGAUGGUCGCCUUUUGGACAGCUGUCAAAUCUGAAGUCUUCCCCAUGUUUGUGUAGGCUUCAGAACUGGACUGAGAGACCAUUUAAAGCCCUUUGCAGGUGUUUUGAGUUAAUCAGCUGAUUAUUUUGUGGCACCAGGUGUCUUCAAAAUGUAACCCUUACACAAUAUUCUAAUUUUGUGACACACGGAAUUUUGGAUUUUCAUUUGUUGCCACUUCAAAUCAUCAAAAUUAAAUGAAAUAAACAUUUGAAUGCAUCAGUCUGUGUGCAAUGAAUAAAUAUAAUGUACAAGUUACACCUUUUGAAUGCAAUUACUGAAAUAAAUCAAGUUUUUCAAAAUAUUCUAAUUUACUGACUUUUACCUGUAUGUAUGUGUAUAUAUAUAUAUAUAUAUAUAUAUACACUGCUCAAAAAAAUUAAGGGAACACUUAAACAACACAUCCUAGAUCUGAAUGAAUGAAAUAAUCUUAUUAAAUACUUUUUUCUUUACAUAGUUGAAUGUGCUGACAACAAAAUCACACAAAAAUUAAUCAAUGGAAAUCAAAUGUAUCAACCCAUGGAGGUCUGGAUUUGGAGUCACCCUCGAAAUUAAAGUGGAAAACCACACUACAGGCUGAUCCAACUUUGAUGUAAUGUCCUUAAAACAAGUCAAAAUGAGGCUCAGUAGUGUGUGUGGCCUCCACGUGCCUGUAUGACCUCCCUACAACGCCUGGGCAUGCUCCUGAUGAGGUGGCGGAUGGUCUCCUGAGGGAUCUCCUCCCAGACCUGGACUAAAGCAUCCGCCAACUCCUGGACAGUCUGUGGUGCAAUGUGGCGUUGGUGGAUGGAGCGAGACAUGAUGUCCCAGAUGUGCUCAAUUGGAUUCAGGUGUGGGGAAGGGGCGGGCCAGUCCAUAGCAUCAAUGCCUUCCUCUUGCAGGAACUGCUGACACACUCCAGCCACAUGAGGUCUAGCAUUGUCUUGCAUUAGGAGGAACCCAGGGCCAACCGCACCAGCAUAUGGUCUCACAAGGGGUCUGAGGAUCUCAUCUCGGUACCUAAUGGCAGUCAGGCUACCUCUGGUGAGCACAUGGAGGGCUGUGCGGCCUCCCAAAGAAAUGCCACCCCACACCAUGACUGACCCACCGCCAAACCGGUCAUGCUGGAGGAUGUUGCAGGCAGCAGAACGUUCUCCACGGCGUCUCCAGACUCUGUCACGUUUGUCACAUGUGCUCAGUGUGAACCUGCUUUCAUCUGUGAAGAGCACAGGGCGCCAGUGGCGAAUUUGCCAAUCUUGGUGUUCUCUGGCAAAUGCCAAACGUCCUGCACGGUGUUGGGCUGUAAGCACAACCCCCACCUGUGGACUUCGGGCCCUCAUACCACCCUCAUGGAGUCUGUAUCUGACCGUUUGAGCAGACACAUGCACAUUUGUGGCCUGUUGGAGGUCAUUUUGCUGGGCUCUGGCAGUGCUGCUCCUGCUCCUCCUUGCACAAAGGCGGAGGUAGCGGUCCUGCUGCUGGGUUGUUGCCCUCCUACGGUCUCCUCCAUGUCUCCUGAUGUACUGGCCUGUCUCCUGGUAGCGCCUCCAUGCUCUGGACACUACGCUGACAGACACAGCAAAGCUUCUUGCCACAGCUCGCAUUGAUGUGCCAUCCUGGAUGAGCUGCACUACCUGAGCCACUUGUGUGGGUUGUAGACGCCGUCUCAUGCUACCACUAGAGUGAAAGUACCGCCAGCAUUCAAAAGUGACCAAAACAUCAGCCAGGAAGCAUAGGAACUGAGAAGUGGUCUGUGGUCACCACCUGCAGAACCACUUCUUUAUUGGGGGUGUCUUGCUAAUUGCCAAUAAUUUCCACCUGUUGUCUAUUCCAUUUGCACAACAGCAUGUGAAAUGUAUUGUCAAUCAGUGUUGCUUCCUAAGUGGACAGUUUGAUUUCACAGAAGUGUGAUUGACUUGGAGUUACAUUGUGUUGUUUAAGAGUUCCAUUAAUUUUUUUGAGCUGUGUGUGUAUAUAUAUAUACCGUAAUUUUCGGACUAUAAGCCGCACCUUUUUUCCCAUUUUUCGACCCUGCGGCUUAUAUAACGGUGCGGCUAAUCUAUGGAUUUUUACAGCUAACGGCCACUAGAAGACCUCCUAAAUCUAUGGAUUUUACAGGUUACAGUCCACCAACUUUAACUCUAUGGGCUCUAUGACCGGUCCGCGCCCCCCACCUUUAAGCGGCGGGCUCCAGCAGGAAAAGCUGGAGGCCGGAAAAGAGUGAGACUGGUAGCGUGCAAAAGUAAAAGUGGAACCGAGAGUGGUACGGAGACAGAACGAGAGACAGAACGAGAGCAAGACAGACAGACAUUACGAGAGCGAGAUGAUUGAAAUGUUGAAAUGUUAAUAAAUGGGAGCUUCCUCAAGCAGCCAUCUCUUUCCCGACAAUCCCCUCUGUGCACGAACCCUUACAUAUGGUAAUUAAACAUUAAAACACCUGCGGCUUAUAGUCCAGUGCAGCUUAUAUAUGUACACAUCAUUCAAUUUAGCUGCUGCGGCUUAUACUCCGGUGCGCCUUAUAGUGCGGAAAAUACGGUUAUACCGGUGUGUGUGUGUAUAUAUAUAUAUAUAUAUAUAUAUAUAUAUAUAUAUAUAUAUAUAUAUAUAUAUAUAUAUAUAUAUAUAUAUAUAUAUAUAUAUAUAUAUAUAUAUAUUCAAUAACACUAUGGUUAGCCUAGUUAUGCACUGUCGUGUGUGUGUGUGUGUGUACACAGGAGAGACAGCAGCAUUGUGAAGGAGGAGAUCAAGUCGUUCUUGGGGAACAGGAGAAUCUCUCAGGCUGUGGUGGCUCAGGUCACAGGUCAGUAA